AGAAUCGGUAAGUAAACCAUUACUACCAGGAGUAUUUGAAUGACACUGAUAUCAUAUUCUUUUCCUUGAGAAAUUCUGGGGGUUUGAGUGUAUUCUGACAAGAAAUCAUAGCAAUUUGUAUAUUGUAACAUUUAGUUUUUAAUGGGUUAUUAUGGCCUAUUUGUUCAUAUUUCCUGAAUUAAUUGUAAAUGAAGAGUAGGUGUUUUGGAGCUGCCUGAAAGAGAUGGAUGUUUCUCUCAGAAGAAACUAAUAGGAGAUAAUUUAGGUACUUUGGAAUCUUUUUAUGUACAAAGAAAUAAUUUAGGAAGUCUUGUAUCAAAUUAUGUUGCCCCCUGUCUUGUUCUCAGACUGGAAACUAUUAUUUCUCUGCCUCAAGUAACAUUGCCUGUAAAUCUUAAGUGUUUUAAUUGCACUGAUGUAGAUUACAGUCCCUGCCAAGUUGCUUGAGGAGAAACAAAUAGCUGUAAAGCUGCUUGCUAGCUCUUUGCAUCCUAUUUGCUUAGGAAAAAGGUGCUUUUAGAAAUGCUGUUUGUUUUGUUUUUUAUUUGGCAGGCAGAGUUACGUGCAGCUGUGUUUUUGGCAUUAGAAGAACAAGAGAAAGUAGAGAACAAAGCACCUCUGGUAAAUGAAAGCUUGAAAAGUUUUUUAGGUACAAAGGAUGGUCGCUUGGUAGCAGGUCUUGUUGCAGAAUUUCUACGGUUUUUCAAUCUUGAUUUUACUUUAGCUGUUUUUCAGCCUGAAUCAAGCACCCUAAAUGGCCUUGAUGGUCGAGAGAACUUAGCUCGAGAUUUGGGAAUUACAGAAGCAGAAGGUACUGUGGGUGGUCCCCUGUUGCUGGAGGUUGUUAGGAAGUGUCAGCAGAAAAAGAUUUCUGGCGGUAGAGAAGUGCCUCCAGUUCUAAGUGACAGCCAGUGCCCCACAUCAAAAUCAUCUGAGGGACGGUCAAGUGCACACUCUAUACCAAAUAAGGCUACUGAGAACACUCAGAGUGAUACAAGUGUCUCAUCAGGGGAUGCAAGCAAAAGAAGUAUUCAUUUUCUGCCUAAUGAAACAAAACUAGAUCCUCAACUAGAAAACAAAGACUUGAAUACCAAAGAAAAAAGUGAUCCAGUUGUGGAUGAAGAUGAUGUAGAGGAAGAUUCUUUCUUUGAUGACCCUGUACCCAAACCAGAAAGAACUUACAGCUGGAAAACAGAGACUAAUAAAACAGGAGGUCUAGCAUCCCUUUCUGAUGCACCAGCUCUAAAAAGUGGUUUAAGCUCCCUGACUGGUGCACCUUUGCUAAAGGAGUCUGAUAAUUUGGAUAGAAACUCUGUUUUAAAAGACCUGCGGUUGGUAAAUGCAAAGCUGGGAUCCCUGGAAUUAGGAAAUGGAGAUGAUGAUGAAUAUGCUGAUGACUUCAACAGUACGAGUCAUCGCUCAGAAAAAAGUGACAUCAGUAUUGGUGAAGAAAUAGAUGAAAUUUCUGUGGGAACAGAAGAGUCAAAUGCCAGUGAUAAACUCGAAAGCAUCACACAAGACCUUACCAUUUCUCAGUUAAGUGACGUUGCAGAUUAUCUAGAAGAUGUGGCAUAGAAUUGGACAGCAGAAAUCUUUCAUUGUGCUGGACUAGAAGACUGCGGUGGACUAUUAAUUUCAGACAAUCACCUUUUGCUGGAAUGUCCACUCCCUAUUUGUGCCUUGUGUUUCAAAAAGACUGUAGGUGAAGAAGGUUUUUAAAUAUUCUUAACAAGAACUAAAUGAAAUAGUGUGUUCCCUUUUGAGUCUGGUAUCAGAAUUACUUCCUUCUUUUGGUUCAGCCAGACCUUUCACAGCAGGAGGUGGAUUUUCCAAGCAGAAUGUCCAUUGCUGGCAGUGGACAUAAUGAAAACCAGUUGGUAAGAGAACAUCGAGAAGGAGGCAUGUGGCUUUAUAGUGAACUUGCACUGUUAUUUUAGCAGUCAGAUUUUUUUAAAGAUAACCAAAGCAAGAACCUUCAAAGGUGGUGGUUCAGCUCACACUUCUUUUAACGCAAUCUUGUCAAGUCAGCAUGUAGUACAUAUUUAUGGUAACUCUAGCCACAGUACCUAGUUACUCCAGACUUACUUGAAACUGCUCUUUUACAGACUCUUCUGAAAGUUGGACUUUACCUUUUUUAAAGGCAUAUUAAAUUGAGAGUAUCUAAACUCUUAAAUCUGAAUUUAGCUAUAUUUAGGAGCUAAGUUUAGCACUAGUCUUAACUCAGAAUAUUCUUGUUAACAUAUGUUUGUCAGACCAUUGAUGUUUAGACCCAAGCUGUUUUUAUAUAUGAUAAUUUCAUCAAUGUUAUCUGUUGUUAAAUCACGAAAAGUAAUUUUGUAAGGAUUCACAAAUCAGUAACUAAAUCUUAUAGGGUAAGUUUUUAACAGUGUGUAAUGCUUAGUGGAGCUUUUAUUUUUGAGGGUUCUUCAUGUGCUGUGAGAUCACUUUCAUUCUUGAAAAUAUUUAAAGUAAAAAUGAGCGCCAAAAAGUGAAACUACUAAACUUCUGCUUUUCAGAUUCUGACUGCUGUACAAAGUUUAAUGCAAAUAUUUAAAAUAUCAUACUGAGGACAUUAUGGACACUAAGUUCUAGCUAAGAGCAAAUUAUUGUAAUUUCAUGAUGCUCUUGCAGAACAGGAUCAGUGGUGGCAGGGUUGACACUUCUUCACUGAUACUGUUGCAAGUGGCGCUGCUAUAAUGUGUAGGUCAUGGACAUUUGUACUGAAAGGACUUCAAAAUGUGCACUUUCUGAACAUUGUGAACACAUCUGGAAAAUAGACAUGUAAGUGAAUAUAAAUAAUUUUAUUUUAACUUUUUUUCUUUUUUUAGGAUUUGUAAUUUUCUUUUUCAGGAACACUGUUGACCUGUCAUCAGUAAUCACCACAGUGGAAGUAGCAUGCUAAACUAAAGCCAUUGGUUAAGCAUAUAAAGCUGCUACUAGCACUGGAAGCUGACUUAAAUAUUUUUUUGCACUGGGCCAGCAGGCCUGGAGCAGUGCUGGGAAGUUAGGCUUGUACAUUACAUAAACGAUUUGAGAGGAGACAGCAAAAGUGUGCCUUUUAUUUAUGUGCACCCCAAAAAUAGCCAGCAAAAGAGUAUCAGAGUAGUCAUGGUGUUAACUUUUAACUUGGUGCCAUAUUGUAGCAGCUGAACACAGAGGAGAAUAUUUUUCACCCCAAAAAGUCAAUGUGCCAUAACUUCAAAUAGGAACAAUGUUGUAACAUAUGAUACAGCCUGUGUAUAAAAUUCGUUUAAGGGUAGGGGAACCUGUGCCUCAAGAUACUGUGUAUGGAAAAGUUUGGAUUGGACUUUUUUUCCCCCUUUCUUUUUUUUCCUUUUUUUUUUUUUCUUUUUUUUUCUUUUUUUUUUUUUCCCCUAAGAGCAUCAGCAUGUCUGAAGGAAAUAAAAUUCCACAUGAACAGUCGUUUCUGGCAUUCAUUUUUAAGGUGUGUGGAAUAAUGCAGAGGCAGUGUUGUUUGCUUUCUUACAUGCCUUGGGAAAACAUGAUGUUCCAUUACCUGUUAGCUAUAGGAUAUGUGGCAAUUUAUCAUACCAAAAGAAACCAAAAGUUUAUUAAAAAUUUUCUAAUUGCAGUUGAAGAUGUGGCCUUUUCUUUAACUAAUUAGAUAUUUUAUAUGUUAACAUGACCUGUGUUAACAACCAAGUAUUGUUCUCUUACUUUGGGAGUUAACUGGAGACCUUGGGCUUUGGCUCUAAUUGAAGGAAAUACCAAAAAGUGGUAAGUCUCUGUGCUGUUCCUCCUGUGAGCUUUUACUGAAUUGUGUGUAAUUCAAAUUGUCAAAUAAAGCUAUUGUGCUGGCUAAA